UGUUGGCGCAUGCGCGUUGCCCUGCUUGUGAUGGCGGUGAGAGGGCGGGUGAAUGAAUUCUCCCGGAGGACGAGGCAGGAAAAAGAAGGGACCGGCCCGAGAUCCGCCCGAAGGCAACAGCGACAGGCUCUCGCUGCACAAACGUAACCUCUACUACUUUUCGUAUCCGCUGGUCGCUGUCUUCACCUUCCUGCGCUUCCUGGCCUUUCACCUCUGGCUCUUCUUUGCCUACGUCUGCCAGCGCCUGUCUGAGAUGGCAUCGCGCAAGAGCACCCCGACCGUGGCCACGGCCGAGCCCGAGCAGAUCCGCCAAUCCCACCGGCUGGCCUUCGAGUACAUCUCCACUGCUCUUGGCAUCGACGAAAACGAAAGAGGACAGAAGAAGAAAGCUGUGGAGUGGUACAAGAAAGGGAUUGCAGAACUCGAGCAUGGGAUUGCAGUCCAGAUCUCUGGAACAGGUGAGCAAGUUGAGCGAGCCAAGCGACUGCAGAGCAAAAUGACGACCAAUUUGAUCAUGGCUAAGGAUCGUCUAGAACAGCUAGAAAGUGGAGCUGUUCCAAAGAAAAAGGAUCCUUUGAUACACACAAGCAAUUCUCUGCCUCGUUCAAAGUGCACAGCGAGAGCUGCUUCGCCGGGACAAGGUGGUCACAGGGCCCAGAGCUACAGUGGAAUCUCCAAUAUCACUGGUGCAUCUCGAGCACCUGCUCAACCCAGUACCUCAACUGCCAAGGCCACAAGUUCAAAGCAUAACAGACCGAACAAACCCACAACCCCUGCUGGAACUCCUCAGAAGAAGAAAGACUUGAAAAAUUUUCGUAAUGUUGACAGCAAGUUGGCAAACCUAAUCCUGAAUGAAGUGGUGGACAGUGCACCAUCUGUCCGUUUUGAAGAUGUUGCUGGCCAGGAGCUGGCGAAGCAGGCAUUGCAGGAGAUUGUCAUUCUUCCAACUCUCAGGCCUGAAUUGUUCACAGGGCUAAGAGCUCCAGCUCGAGGAUUGCUCUUGUUUGGCCCACCCGGAAAUGGGAAAACAAUGUUGGCUAAAGCUGUGGCUUCCGAAUCCAAUGCAACGUUCUUCAAUAUCAGUGCUGCAAGCCUUACUUCCAAAUAUGUUGGGGAGGGAGAAAAGUUGGUGAGAGCUCUCUUUUCGGUCGCCAGAGAACUUCAGCCCUCCAUCAUUUUUAUUGAUGAAGUAGACAGCCUCCUUUGUGAGAGGAGAGAAGGAGAGCACGAUGCAAGCAGACGCUUAAAAACAGAAUUUUUAAUAGAAUUUGAUGGGGUACAGUCUAGUGGUGAUGAUAGAGUUCUAGUAAUGGGAGCAACAAAUAGACCGCAGGAACUAGAUGAUGCUGUGCUCAGACGCUUUACAAAGAGGGUGUUUGUCUCGCUGCCGAACAAGCAAACAAGAUUGUUGCUUCUUACAAAUCUUCUGGCCAAACAUGGUAAUCCACUGAAUCGAAAGGACCUUGAGUAUCUGGCCAAGCAGACGGAAGGGUAUUCGGGAAGUGACCUGACUGCACUGGCAAAGGAUGCGGCGCUGGGUCCAAUUCGAGAGCUCAAGCCAGAAGAAGUGAGGAGCAUGGCUGCUAGCGAGGUGAGAAAGAUCCGACUUUCUGACUUUGAGGAUUCAUUAAGGAAGAUAAAGCGCAGUGUGGGCCCUCAAACCCUUGAGGGGUACAAACGUUGGAACGAGGACUAUGGAGACACUGCUGUUAAUUCAUGACGGAACAAACCGAUAUCCGGCUCCAAUCCUUGCUUUAAAGGACUUGGCUUGAUUGGGGAGCGUGAUGUGGGUUGUUAGCAGUAAACAACAUCCAAAGUUGUUUCAGCACAGGUCCUAACUGGAAGCAGGAACACAAAAGCUGACGGGAUAAGUUUACAUAACUGACUCUUUUCCAUGAUGUGCUGUAUCCUUUUAAACCAAGUUUUUCGGGAGUCUUUGUGCUCUGAAUUUCUGACUGUGUAACUGGCAGGCAAAGAAGAUUUUGUUUAAGAUCUAGAAAUACUCUAUAUCAUCUGUAUAUUUUGUUUCUGAUGUAAAGAAGUUGGUCCCUGUUCAGAGUCUACUUAGUAGAAGCACAAUAGGAAGAAUCGUGCCUUAAGUUUGCAGUACACUUAUGACCUAUUAUCUUUGGUCCUUUUCCUCCUAUAAGUAAUCAACUUUUUUUUAAAGAAAAACAUUAACAUUAUUCACCUGUUACAGGUAAUUAAAUCUGUUCAGUGCCAAAUACAUUACUAGUUGUGCACUAAUAAAGUGAUAUCCUUGUAAAAUAUUUUUGGUGCACAUCGGCUUUCAAGAGUUUCUCUCAUUUAUUUUGGGUAAUUUGAUUUAUUUUUUGAUCGUUCUACCACUAAUUAACUUCGCCUUGGCCUUUGGAUUUUUCAGCGCAUUGUUUAUCAGAUAGACUUGGUACGAAAGACUUGCACCUUGGAGGAAAAGCAAAAUUUUGCCUGUAGAAUUCAGCUCAGUAUGAUUUUUUCCUCCCCCAAUAUUCUUUCCUUUACUUGGCUCAAUCCUUUGAAAAUAUUGUUGCAGGUUGAGUAAUAUGCAAUUUCAUAACAUUGAGGUAAGCCUGUGAUCAUUGGGCUGCCCAUUAAUUGUCUUCUGAAGCUCUUCGUAUCUUUUUGAUAUAACGUCUGAACUCUUUUAAAUUCUCUUUGCUUCCUUGUAUCCCUUUUCCUGGACCCUGAGUUUAAUUUCCAUUAAUCUUCCCAGUUUUGCUAUUAUUACUCCAGGUGAUUUGGUAGUCAUUCUCAAGAAGUUCUGGAGAGAAUUUCCUGCUCAUAUCAUUUGCUAUUGUUAUAGUUCACAGCGAGGAGGCAGGACAGUAGGAUGAAGGAUACCAGAGUGUGUAUAUAUUUUAAAAAAAAUAAGUUCCAGGAAAGUAAAUUAUCAGAGGCAGAAUGCUGUUAUCUACAACCUCCCUUAAGGAAGCCCCUGGAUGAGGGCACCCAGUAUACUUAGAAUUAAAUAGCAACAGCUUUAUCAUUGACUUCUAUGCAAACCAUAUUUAUACUGUUUUGUAGCUUGCCCAGAAGGUUGUAUUUCUUUAUCACUGUUUUCCUGAUCUUACAACAACCCAUGAGAUUUCUCUUAAUGUUGACAGAUUGCUAUAUAUUAAUGUUAUAUUUUGUUAAUUGUACAAAAUAAUUUUUAUAGAACACAGUGACUGUGCUUAAAACUUUAAAUUAUUUGUAGUUGAAUGCCCAUUAUGCAAACUUUUUUUUAAGAAGAAAUGAUCACCCUGGAAUUUCAGGUUAUAAUUUCCUUACUCUGGUGACUAAAAGUGGGGACCGUUCAUUCCAAAGCCUUUCUAUUUGAAUUCUGGUUGAGGGGAAGCCUACUGUGUGUCUCUUUUGGGUGAGGUGGGCUCUUAGUGGGGUGGGUGUAGCCUGACGAUCGAGAACUGAAGAAGGUGGUUCUGGUUUUGGAGGUUUUAAGCAAUUCUUUGUACCGACUCUACCUCAUUGAACAGUUGUGCUGUGCUAGUGCUCCUGAUCACUUACAGCUUUCUUAUAUGGUGCGCACUUAGUGUUUUUUUUGCCCUUGAGAUGCAUCUGACCAAACUGAAUCGGCAGAGCUUAUAAUACCCUGUAACCAUUAGAAGGUCUUGUACUGCAGACUGUCUGAAUGCGAGACGUGUGUUGAAAGGCUAUGACUGCAGACAUGGAGUGGGAAUGAAGUGUCCUCGAAUUCAGCAAGCACUGAAAUAAUAAAAGGUCUGAACAUAAAUACUAGGUACCUUUGUUGUUCAGUUUGAUCUGUGCUUUGAAACUCUCUUCCAGGAUUUCUGGCUGUUAUCUGUGAAUCUAUACUGCCAAAACUCCUACCAAUACGACCAUUAACUCAUGCAAAGUAAUUAAUUGAUGUGUGAAUUCUCUGACUUUGAUUACCUUUUAAAUGAUCCUUUAACAGAUUUUUACAUCAUUGCAUUGAACUUGACGUGAGUAGACAGUUUAGUUACACGCAUGGUAUUCAAGAUUAGACAGUGAUAUUGUUUUUAUUCUAACACUUGUAACUCCAACACUCGUACUGCUGAAAAUGGUAUAGAGAAAGGUGAAGUAUCCCAAUUAGUAAAUACUGUAUUUUUGGAACUUUAUUUUUUUUGUAUAGAUAUGCAUGGAUGAUUUAUUUUUUGUCUGUUUGUUUCUCAUGUCUAAUAUAUUGAUAAAUAAAUUUUUAAUUUGAGUUCUGGGAUUUGUGAAACCCGUGAUU